AUGGGGGGGACACGGGGGGACACGGCGGGGGAACGGGAGGAUUCGGGGGGGUGCGCGGGAGGAGAGGCUGCCGGCGAUGGCGGGGCAGAAGCACCCAAGGGUGCCGGGGGCGAUGUCGGAGGCGAUGCCGGGGACGGUGGUGGCGGUGCCGAGGCAGGGACAGCCGGGGGCACCGGAGGGGGCACCGAGGACGGUACCGGGGGGGAAGCGGCGCCGGCAGCGGCGGGCAACACCCGGCGCCGACAGGAGCCCACUUGGCUUCAGGACGAGGACGACGAGCUGUGGCCUGAGUUCGCUCCCUGCUCGUCCCCAGAGGGGGCCACCAGCCCCACGUCCCCCACGUCCCCCACAUCCCCCAUGUCCCCCACCUCCCCCACGACCCCUACGUCUCCAGCAUCCCCAGCGUCCUCCCCAGCUGGCACCACCGAGGACGCGGGGGGCAGCAAGAAGGGUGCUCCAGCAGGGGGGCCACGGGAAAAGGCAGCCCCCGGUUCGGCGGGACAGAGGCUGAGGCUGGAGGGGGCCGGGGGGCGGCCGCGAGUGGGGUCCCGGGCACAGGGACGCAGCGCCAUCCUGGAGAAGUUCGGAGGGGCUGCCAAGGGCCCAGCCCCGCACCUGCGGCGCUCGGGGGGAGCCGCCACGGUCAAGACGAUGCUGCUGGAGUGGUGCCGCGCCCGCACCCGCGGGUACCCGCACGUGGACGUGCAGAACUUCUCGGGGAGCUGGGGCAGCGGCCUGGCCUUCUGCGCCCUCCUGCACAGCUUCUUCCCCGACGCCUUCGACUUCGCCACCCUGGAGCCCGACGCCCGCCGGGACAACUUCGCCCUGGCCUUCGCCACCGCCGAGGAGCGGGCGGGCUGUGCCCCGCUGCUGGAGGUGGAGGACAUGGUGCGGCUGCCGGUGCCGGACGCCAAGUGCGUGUACACGUACGUGCAGGAGCUGUACCGCUGCCUGGUGGCCAAGGGGCUCGUGAAGACCAAGAAGCGCUGAGAGGGUCCCCCACAGGCCCCCAGCUCUGCCAUCCCCCUCUUUGUCCCCCGCUCUGUCCCCCAGCAGUAAAGGCCGCGGUGCCAGGC